AAGCACCCGCCCUUUCUCGGCAGAGCGCAGCCAUGGCCCGCGGCCCCAAGAAGCAUCUGAAGCGCGUGGCUGCACCUAAGCACUGGAUGUUGGACAAGCUGACGGGCGUCUUCGCUCCCCGCCCAUCAACAGGCCCACACAAACUGAGGGAGUGCCUUCCCCUUAUCAUCUUCCUUCGCAACCGGCUGAAGUAUGCUCUGACGGGAGAUGAGGUCAAGAAGAUCUGCAUGCAGAGGUUCAUCAAAAUAGAUGGCAAAGUCCGCACCGACAUCACCUACCCUGCAGGCUUCAUGGAUGUCAUCAGCAUUGAGAAGACAGGUGAGCAUUUCCGCCUGGUGUAUGAUACCAAGGGCCGGUUUGCUGUUCACCGCAUCACACCUGAGGAGGCCAAGUACAAGCUGUGCAAGGUGAGGAAGAUCUUUGUGGGCACCAAAGGAAUCCCUCACUUGGUCACUCAUGAUGCCCGCACUAUCCGCUAUCCAGACCCCCUCAUCAAGGUGAAUGAUACGGUCCAGAUUGACUUGGAGACAGGCAAGAUCACAGACUUCAUUAAGUUUGACACAGGUAACCUGUGCAUGGUGACCGGCGGUGCAAACUUGGGCCGUAUUGGGGUGAUCACCAACCGGGAGAGGCACCCUGGGUCAUUUGAUGUGGUUCAUGUGAAGGAUGCCAACGGCAACAGCUUUGCCACCCGGCUGUCCAACAUCUUCGUUAUUGGCAAAGGCAACAAGCCAUGGAUCUCCUUGCCCCGUGGAAAGGGCAUCCGCCUGACCAUUGCUGAAGAGAGAGACAAGAGACUGGCGGCCAAGCAGAGCAGCGGAUAAAGUCCAGCUCAGGCUGGCUCUGGUGCUGUCAGUGUGUUAAUUAAACUGUUUACUACAUG